UUGAGACCAGAAACACUCCAGCGCCGUGUAGGCUAUAGCAUUACAUUGAACACACACCAAGAACACCACACACCACCCGUAGUACAUUGUUACAAUGCUCGUAUUUCCUGCAACAUUGCUUUUUAAUGUCUUCGCCGAAAAACCGUCGUCCUUUUAAUGCGUUGUGAGCUGGGAGUACCCCGCUAAGUGGAAACUGACGGAUGUGGAGAGUCGAAGGUACUUCUGUUUUUCUGUUGUUGUCGGGUUCCUGUGUUCUUGUGCGUUUAUGUUAGUUCUUUACGUGAAAUUAAAGAAAAGGCCGACGCCGAUUAAUCAGUCUGUUUGGCAAAAGUACAGCUGCUUGUUUUUAAUAAGAAGAGAGAGUGUAUAUUUCAUGCGCUUUAUGCACUAAUGGAAAAGGUUACACCUGCCUGGCUCCAGGAAAUUCAGCAGAUUUCGGUGCGUUACCAACAAUUCGUAUUUCACUGGUAACGUAAGAACUGCACUCCCGAACACAUCUCUAGGCAACGCGGAGCGUUUAUGCAAAUAUGAGAGGGGUUCGCCGUAAAAUGUCAAGAGGUUGACAUAAAUGGAUUGCUAAGAGAGAGCGCCUGGCGCUGAUUUGGGAUUUUCUGGAGCAGGUCGCGCCUAUCACCAUGACCGUAUUCAACCAGGAGAAUGUUGAGGACUAUUACGAAAUCGGAGAUGAUCUUGGAAGUGGGCAGUUCGCCUUGGUCAAAAAGUGCCGUGAGAAGAGCUCAGGCCUGGAGUACGCCGCCAAAUUCAUCAAGAAGAGGCGAACCAAGGCCAGCCGGCGCGGGGUGACCAAGGAGGACAUCGAGCGGGAGGUCAGCAUCCUGAAGGACAUCCAGCACCCCAACGUCAUCACGCUGCACAACGUGUUCGAGAACAAGGCCGAGGUCAUCCUCAUUCUGGAGCUAGUCGCCGGGGGAGAACUCUUCGACUUCCUGGCGGAGAAAGAGUCCCUGACUGAGGAGGAGGCGACUGAAUUCCUCAAACAGAUCCUGGACGGCGUCUUCUACCUGCACUCAAAACGCAUCGCCCACUUCGACCUGAAGCCGGAGAACAUCAUGUUGCUGAACAGGAAGGUGCCUCACCCGCGUAUUAAGCUCAUUGACUUUGGCCUGGCUCACAAGAUCGACUUCGGCAACGAUUUCAAAAACAUCUUCGGGACCCCGGAAUUUGUAGCUCCAGAGGUGGUGAAUUAUGAGCCUCUGGGCCUGGAAGCAGACAUGUGGAGUGUUGGGGUGAUAACAUACAUACUAUUGAGCGGCGCCUCCCCGUUCCUCGGAGACAACAAGCAGGAGACCCUGGCCAACGUGUCCGCUGUCAACUACGAGUUCGACGAGGAGUUCUUCAGCAACACCAGCGCCCUGGCCAAAGACUUCAUCACUCGGCUGCUCAUCAAAGAUCCAAAAAAAAGAAUGACCAUUCAGGACAGCCUCCAACAUCCUUGGAUCAAGCCAAAGGACACGCAGCAAGCACUGAGCAGGAAAGAGUCCGCAGUCAACAUGGAAAAGUUUAAGAAGUUUGCUGCCAGGAAAAAAUGGAAGCAAUCUGUGCGGCUCAUCUCUCUCUGUAACCGCCUCUCCCGCUCAUUCCUGUCCAGGAGCAACAUGAGCGUCGCCCGUAGCGACGACACCUUGGAUGAAGAAGACUCUUUUGUGAUGAAGGCAAUCAUUCACGCCAUCAAUGAUGACAACGUACCGGGUCUACAGCACCUUCUUGGGUCGUUGACGAGUUAUGAUGUGAACCAGCCAAACAAGCAUGGAACCCCCCCUCUGCUCAUAGCAGCCGGCUGCGGAAAUGUCCACAUCAUCGACGUGCUCAUGAGGAAGGGGGCAGAAAUCCAGGCCCACGACAAGUGUGGCGCGAACGCGGUCUAUUACGCGGCGAGGCACGGCCAUGUUGGAACCCUGAAAUUCCUCCAUGAAAAGGAAUGCCCUCUGGACACCCAAGAUAAGUCUGGAGAGACAGCGCUGCACGUGGCGGCCCGGUAUGGGAACGUGGAUGUAGUCCAGUACCUGUGCAGCAUUAAGGCCAGCCCUGACCUCACUGACCGGGAGGAGGAGACGCCCCUGCACUGCGCUGCGUGGCACGGUUACUCCUCGGUGGCUCGGGUUCUGUGUGAGGCCGGCUGCAGUGUGAACGUGAGAAACCGUGAGGGAGAGAGCCCCCUGCUCACCGCCUCCGCCAGGGGCUUCUGCGACAUCGUGGGGUGUCUGCUGGAGCACGGGGCCAACAUGGACUCCACCGACAAGGACGGACACAUCGCCCUGCACCUGGCCGUGCGCAGGUGUCAGGUGGAGGUUGUGAAGUGCCUGCUCGGACACCACUGCUACGUGGACCACCAGGAUCGCCAUGACAACACGCCGCUGCACAUCGCCUGCAAGGACGGCAACCUGCCCAUCGUCUCCCUGCUCCUGGAGGCUGGAGCAAGCCUCGACAUCGCCAACAAAUACGGAAGAACCCCGCUCCAUCUGGCUGCGAGUAACGGAGGCCUUGAAGUUGUCCGACAUCUCUGCGCUGCUGGAGCCAACACCGACGUGGUGGCCAACGAUGGGAAGACCGCCGAGGACCUGGCUGGCCUGGAGCAGCACGAGCAUAUCGCCGCCCUGCUGGCGAGACUGAAAAAGGACACACACAAAGGCAGCUACAUGCAGCAGCUGCGGCCCACCCAGACCCCACAGCCGCGGAUCAAGCUGAAGCUGUUCGGCCAUCCCGGCUCUGGGAAGAGCACUCUGCUGGAGUCCCUGAAAUGCGGCAUCCUGCGGAGCUUCUUCAGGAGGAGACGGCCCCGCAUCUCCUCCACAAACUCCUCCCGCUUUCCCCCGUCCUCACCCCCCCCCAACAAACCCGCAGUGUCUGUCAGUAUUUCCAACCUGUACCCCGGGUGCGAGAACGUCAGUGUACGUAGCCGGAGCAUGAUCUUCGAGCCCAGCCUCACCAAGGGGGUCCUGGAGGUGUUCUCCCCCGUGCACAGUGCCCUCUCCCCAGCCGACGACCAGACCACCAAGGCCAUCGACAUCCAGAACGCCAACCUCAACGGAGUGGGGGAUUUCUCGGUGUGGGAGUUCUCCGGCAACCCGGUGUACUACUGUUCCUACGACUACUUUGCAGCCAAUGACAGCACAGCGGUCCACCUGGUCCUUUUCAGCUUGGAGGAACCGUAUGAGACCCAGGUCAACCAGGUCACCUUCUGGCUCAACCUGUUGAAAUCCCUGACUCUGCCAGAGGAGAGCAUAGCCUUCAGUGGAAAGAUUAAGAACCCCCUACAGGUUGUGCUGGUGGCCACACAUGCCGACAUCGUGAACCUGCCUCGCACCUUUGGAGGAGAGUUUGGCUACGACAAGGAGAGGUGUCUCCUUAAAGAAGUCAGAACCAGGUUUGGCCAUGACCUUCAGAUCUCCGAAAAGCUUUAUGUCAUGGACGCCGGGGCGUCUAACUCGAGAGACAUAAAACUGCUGAGAAAUCAUCUUCAGGAGCUUCGAAAUUCUAUCAUUUCUACGGUCCAGCCCAUGACGCUCCUGUGUGAGCGGAUUGUCUCCACCCUGCCCUCCUGGAGGAAGCUGAAUGGGCCCAACCAGCUCAUGUCCUGGCAGCAGUUUGUGCUGGACGUGCAGGAGCAGAUAAACCCCCUGGUCAGCGAGGAGGACUUGAGGGAGGUGGCCUCACAGCUACACAGCAUGGGGGAGAUAAACAACAUGCAGAGCGAGACGGUGCAGGACGUGGUUCUGCUGGACCCUCGAUGGCUUUGCAGCGGUGUCCUGGGCAGGAUCCUGUCUGUCGAGACGCCCAAGGCCAUCCACCACUACAGGGGGCGCUACAGGCUGGAGGAAGUGCAGGGGCUGGUGGGCGAGAGCGACGUGGACGAGCUUCUCCAGAUCCUCGACGCCAUGGACAUUUGCGCCCGUGACCUCAGCAACCCCACCAUGGUGGACAUCCCCGCUCUCAUCAAGACCAACGGGCUCCAGCGCUCCUGGACGGAGGAGGAGGAGGAGGAGGCGCUGGUCUACGGGGGGGUGAGGGUGGUGCCCGCAGAACACCUGACGCCCUUCCCCUGCGGACUCUUCCACAAGCUGCAGGUCAACCUCUGCCGCUGGAGCCACCAGCAGAAGCCAGAGGGCGAUGACAUCCGGCUGUGGAACAACGGCGCCAAAAUCGCUCACGGUGGAGCCGAGGUGAUGGUCCUCCUGGUCAACCACGGGCAGGGCGUGGAGGUGCAGGUCAGAGGGCCCGACUCGGACCGCAUCAAGUGCUACGCCCUUCUCGACCUCAUCUGCAGCAUCAUCGACAACCUUCUGGCCGCCACCCUCCCGAGUCUCCUGACCGCCAAGUACUACCUGAGCCCCCAGCAGCUGCGGGAGCACCAUGGACCCGUCAUGAUCUACCAGCCCAAGGACUUCUACCGGGCCCAGGCCCAAAGAGAGACCUCGCUGGCCAACACCAUGGGCGGCUACAAGGAGAGCUUCAGCAGCAUCCUGAGCUUCGGCUGCGCGGAGGUCUACCGCCAGGGCAGUCUGGGGACCGACGUCCACAUGUCGGAGGUCUGCCUCCUGGCCCGGAGGAAGCUGAGCCGGCUCCUGGACCCGCCCGACGCCCUAGGCAAGGACUGGUGCCUCCUGGCCAUGAACCUGGGCCUCUCGGACCUGGUGGCCAAGUACAGCACGCCCAACGGGACGCCCAACGGGACACCCAAUGGGACCCCUCCGGCCAACCAGACUUCCCAGCCCAGUCCCACAGCCGUGCUCCUGCAGGAGUGGAGCGGGCGUCCCGAAAGCACGGUGGGGGUCCUCAUGGGUCGGCUCCGGGAGCUGGGGCGCCGGGACGCCGCGGACUUCCUGUUAAAGUCCGCGCCCGUCUUCAGGGUCAACCUGGAGGCGCCCGCCCCGGACAGCUACGGGCCCACCUGCAAUGGCGGGACAUCCUACAACUCCAUCAGCUCGGUCAUAUCGCGGUGAGCGCCGUGCGGUUUGGGACAUAAAGUGCAAUCCUUAUGGGGACCGGCCACUCAAAAACUCUGCUGUACAAAACCCCAGUCCACAGCCCAGUCUUACGUGUCCACAACUGUGGCCCUUUCUUUUUACGAAUGGUUUAUUUCCCCUGGUUGGCCCUGAACGAAUGAUUCAUGUAACUUUUAUUUAUUUUUUUAUAUAUAAUUACAUUUCCAAACACAAAUUAGUGCCACUGCCACCUUUAUUGUCACCGCAUUACCAUCACAAUGAAUUGAAAAACGCUUUUGUGAAACUUCAUCAACGUCUGAUGUUCUGUUUUUCGAACUGGGAUUGUUUUAUCUAUUUAAAUUAAAGUCCUUGCUUUAGCUGUUUACUUAAAAAUUCUUAAAUUUAGAAACUAGGUUAAUUAUAUGUGUGGCAGCAUGAACUGUAAAGAGUUCAAAUAAUGAGUGCCUUGGUGUGAUGGUAUUCUGUUAUCAGUCUAACCAUCCUUUUAAACCAUUGUAUUAGACAAACCCGCUACCUCCCGAAAAGAGCCUAGCCAGGGAAGGUGUGUUUACCAAAAGAGGUUUCCAUGCACAAAUUUAGCCCCUUUUUGGAGGAAGUGCCCCAAAAAAAGGAAAACAAAUACACCUACCUAGAAAUAAACAACCCUGAAAAAUAUGUAAAAGUAUUGGAGCUGGAGGGUAUCCCCAGAGAGCUGCUUCUAGAGUGAGUUUAGCAAUGUAAAGCAGUGUUAUCCAACAUGGCUCUUCAGGGGAAACGAUAGUGCUAGUCCUGAGCUAAUGAGGGGUGUUAAAACUACACAUCGUAUACAUUCCAGAACUACCAAAAUGGUGGAAGAACAAGACUAAAAUGGUGCAGGGCUUGUAUCUCCAAAGGAUUCAGGAACAGCAGAAAAACUAAAUCUUUCAAGAUGGAGUCUGAGCUGAAGGAGCUAUCAUUACUUUUAUGUUCUGCCAUUUUAAGUGCUCAGUUCCUUUGCUUCAUUUAUACUAAAUUGGUAAAAUACUGGUAUCACAGAUCUGCUAGUUGCUCCUCAAAGAUUGUCAAUAUACAAGCUGAUUAUUUAAGUAAGUAAUAUACUUCUGAAUCACUUAUUUGACCAGGCUGACCAAUUUUUGGCAAAAAAAACUAAAUGCCAAAAUGUACCAUGAGCAUUGUUACAAAUGAAAAGAUAUAUUUACAUGUUCCAAUAACACUGAUAUUCACCUCGUCCCCUUACAUUGUAAAACAUCAUUAUAAAUUCAUGCAGACCUGCUGUACCAAUACUGUGUAUGUAUCUGAGUCAAACUAAGAAAAGGGUCAAUUUCAUGCUUUCGUGUCCUUAGAAGCAUGAUCAAGUAUUCCUGUUUAACUCUACCCAUCCUAAUACUUUGUGAAGCAACAUUUAAAAAUGGCCCAGUUUGUUUUGGUAAAUGGUUGGCAUUUAUAUAGCCCCUUCAUCCAGUGCUGUACAAUUGAUGCUUCUCAUUCACCCAUUCAUACACACACUCACACACAGACGGCGAUUGGCUGCCUUGCAAGGCGCCGACUAGCUCGUCAGGAGCAUUUGGGGGUUAGGUGUCUUGCUCAGGGACACUUCGACACAGCCCGGGCGGAGGAUCGAACCGGCAACCCUCCGACUGCCAGACGACUGCUCUUGCUGCCUGAGCCAUGUCGCCCCACAAUAGAUUAAGUUUGAUUCUCUUUGGAAAUAGGUCUGUCAUAUAGAGUUUCGACUCAUUUACGAUGCUUCACAACAGGCAUUACUAAAUGAAUGCAAUCAAAGAAAGUAGGGCAUCAUGAUAUUUUUUAUGUUGGUAAAGCUAUUAAUUCUGUCCAUGGCCCUGAAAGGUACCCAGUAACAGUAUAUGAGAAUGUAACAAUUUUUGUAAAUAUUGAGGCCUUCAAGAAAUGUGCUCCAUCUUCCCUAUACUGUACAUCUUCUCUGUUUGGAUCCGAAAGGCGCCAUCAAAGGGUGACUCACCCAAAACAAAAAAAUAUUGAAACUGGAAUGAACUAUGUCUUAAUGGUUUAAGUUUUUGGAUAGCCAGCACAAUGGCAAUGUAUCCAAUCAUGUGCUGCAUUUUCUUCAAGCCGUCUUUUUGUUUUGGGAACUUCUGGAAGUGUCCGUCGGAUACAGCGAAAGAUAACAGCACAGCACAAAGACAAAGGGGUGGUGGUCACUCACGUGUGGACAGUCGACUGCCUCUGGACUACACGGUUACAUUGCAGCCAAGCUGUAAAACAAUAUCUCUAAAAGGGAAAUGAAACAAACCAAUUUUCUCAUUCCAAAAAGGCACAGUCUUAACGUCAAUUACUGGAGGAAUAACAGUAGCCUUCAAAAGUCUUAAUGUGAAAUGAUUGUGAUUUUUGCAGGGGGUUGUUCUUCAAUUCGUACUUUUCUGUGACCCUGUCGUGGUCCAUUUGAGGGGAAAGAAUCCGGUGUAACUAAGACUAUUUGUACAGCCAUUUCUUUGCACAAGAAUAUUUGUUCUAUUUAUACCAUUAUGUUCUUAAAGCAUGUCUUGGAAUGCUGUGUCCUUAAUACUUCCUUAAACUUUAUAGUGUAGUACAUUUUUAUAAUAAAUUGUUUACCUGA